AUGCCAUCUGAAACUCAUCAGCACGACGCGAAGCUCGAUCAGCCAUGGAAGAAAUGGCAUGAAGCUCUUAACCCAAUGGGUAUCGACGCUGUUCGUGACGGUACUCUUAUCUUGAGCCGAAACAAGCGCGGUAGCGAUAGUGGAAGCCAUGGUACAACUGCCUUGAAGAAGAAACACGUGGAUUUGAGUGCCCCAAAGGAAGUGCCAUCGAUCUGA